AUGGCGUGCACUCUUCGCGUUAGCUCGUGUCCUCUGUCGUCGUCAGCGUUCGUCGCUCGAAAGUGUGUGCGCAGCCACGUGGCACUAGCUGGUGCCACCAAUGGUAGAGUACGCGCUCUCGCGGUCCAGCCGCGGGCACAGGCUUCGGAUAAGGAGGGCGCGCCGAAGAAGGGGCGAGUAGACACCCUCUUCGAUGGCUCCUUCGAAUACACCUCUUGGUACGUGGUAUUCAACGAGCUCACAGCGCUCGGGCUCAAGAGCGUGACGCCAGAGGAGGCAGCAGCCAUGGCCUACGGCACCACUGACGGCGCAGACACCAGCGAUGGAAGUGCGAGUGGAAGCACUGAGGGGAGUGCGAGUGGGCGCGCAGUGUUGCUCGAUGUGCGCGAGGCGGGGGACUACGAGGAGGUGCAUGCGCGCGGGGCAGCGAGCGCGCCGCUCUUCCGCCUCAUCCAAGGCAGCGACGUCACCGCGUGGGCCCGGCGCGUGGGGUACGCGGCAAUGGGGGACUUCAAGGGCACGGAGCGCAAUCCGGACCUGCUCAAGCAGGCGGAGGCGGCGGUGGGGGGGGAUAAGAGCCGCACUGUGAUUGUGAUGUGCGGGCGAGGCGGCACGCUGCAGAACGUGUCGAUGCGCAAAGGCAUGGAGUUUAGGGACCCUGACAAGAGAUUCGGCAUCCAGUCCAGGUCUCUCAAGGCGUGCUACGAGCUGCAUGUGGCGGGGUUCACGAACAUCCUCCAUCUGGACGGCGGGCUCAACCUCUGGCUGCACAAGAAGCUGCCCUCCGAGCCUUGA